AAUUAAAGUUCGAAUUAUAUGUCAAUAUCUGUUUAUCAAGUAGAGAAGAUCAUGGUUGUUAUUUUGUUUAUUUUUUGUUCCAAAUAAGAAGCAACUAAUCAACAUCGGAUUGAAUAAAUUCACCACUAAUAUAAUUACAGUAAAAUCACAAUAAAAGCUAACAACAUUUGGAAGCUGCUCCAGUAUGAUACUGAAGGGAUACCUGUAGAUGGAUAUUUGUAAUUCACGACGGUAGAGCGUUUCAAGAAGGUGCUGAAAACACGAGGAAGGGUGUACGAAAUAAAGUGAUUAGAGAUUGGUGAUGUUUUCAGUCUAUAUGUCUAAAGUCAUGUUACCGCUGAGGCAGCUUGCUGAAUAAGAAAAUCAUCCGAAGACGGAGUGAGGCUGGAUUAUUGAAACUUGGAAGGAUUUGAUUGAAAACUAGCUUUAACUACCUGCCUUAGUGGAUGAUUUAUGCUGUGGAGAUCUUCGUUUAGAUAGUUAAUUUUACCACCUACUGACUCAGGCACUCGAUUUGGACCAAACGUAGUUCCUUUAGUGAUUUUUUGACUGCUUGAUCUUAAAAGCUCAUCCGUCAACCCCCGUAUGACGAGGGGCAAGCUAACCUGUGACGUAAACAUGUUAGAUUUCCAAAUAAAUUGAAACUGGAAUGUGGAGGCAACGUGUAUACAAUGCUAUUAAAAGGAUAUACUUUCAUUAAGUGGAAGCAGAUAUCAAAUGAGAAAACCCUGGAUUGAGUGAUCUGAAAAGGGAUAAAGGAUAAUGUAAAGGAAGAAGAUGAAGACUUUACUCUGGAUCAAAGUGAUGCUGGUCUAUUUUGUAAAUAGUGCGACUUGUUACAGAGGAAAUGCAAUAAUAGGACUCAAUAUCCCAACAGAACCCACAUUAGACCCAAACACGGUGUGUAAAACCUACCCAGAUCUCAACCCCAUGCAAUACGCCUUAUGCUCACGGUACCCGGAUGUAACAGCGUCUGCCAUUCAGGGGAUACAAAUUGCAAUACACGAGUGUCAAUACCAGUUUAAAAGACAUCGUUGGAACUGCUCAACGUUAGAGACUAAAAAUAAAAAUCCGCAUUCUAGUCCCUUAUUAUCAAAAGGUUUUCGUGAAACUGCCUUUGCCUAUGCAGUAUCAAGCGCUGGGGUGACAAGCCAGGUCGCCAGGGCUUGCAGUCUCGGUAAACUCAAAUCCUGCGGCUGCGAUCUGAGCAACGACGGCCGUCGGGCGAAACAGUGGGAGUGGGGAGGGUGCAGUCACAAUAUUCAUUGGGGAGACAAAUUUGCCCAGAAAUUCCUAGACUCAAAGGAGACUAGCGCCAAAGAUAUUCAUUCAAGAAUUAAUUUACAUAAUAACAAAGUAGGAAGAAUUAUGGUACAUAAACACGUGCAGACAAAGUGUAAGUGUCACGGCAUGUCUGGUAGCUGCGAGCUGAAAACGUGUUGGAAAGCUGCCCCAGAGUUUAGGGGCAUAGGCGAGUCACUCAAAGAAAAAUAUAAUGCAGCUACACAGGUAGAGGUGGCAAACAGUAAUUCGGUAGAGGGUAAACUAAGCUUGUUAUAUCCAUCAUUUAAAAAAGAACCAUACGAUACAGAUUUGGUAUAUUUUGAAAAAUCUCCAAACUUCUGUGACAAAAACCACAAAGUGGAUUCACCGGGAACUUCUGGACGAUUAUGCAACAAAUCCAGUAACGGGAUUGACAAUUGUGAAACGUUAUGUUGUGGACGUGGAUAUAAUACGUUACGUGUGGUACGUAAUGAACGUUGCCAUUGCAAGUUUCAUUGGUGCUGUUACGUAAUAUGCCAAAAGUGUGUAUACAAUGAAUGGGUGACGGUCUGCAAAUAAUGCCUGGAAGGAUAAAAUCGAUGAUGACGUAAUCUAUGUGUUGUCAUUUGAACGUUGUAUAGCGUAAAAUAACGUCGAAUCAGCGUCAGUUCAAUAGAAGAUGUACGUUUUUACGUCAAAUGGGCAACAUUGCCGUCAAUUGACUUAUGGUAUUAGCAACGUCAAUUACAAACGUCUUUCUACGAAACAGUUAACGUGAUAGACUGUUGUGAGCUGGCAAGCUAUUUUUUGAUGCGUUGAACGAUGCAAGGAACUUUUAUACUUAU